AUGAAUCCCGAUAAGGACUGGUGUUUGCAAAGGAGCUUCUUGUAGAAACUAAUAAACACACGCUUUCUUUCACAUUUCUUCAUUCCAUCGCACCAAAACAACUAAAAAAAUGGCCUCCUUUCUCUAUUAUUUCUCACUUUCCUUUUAGUUCCUCUCCGUCUAUUCGUUUUCCCAAGAAAAAAAAUCCCAUCUACUUCAAAGCUUCUUACUGUCAAAAGGUUGGACCUUUAACAGUUUAAUCCCUGUUCUCUAAUUUUCGUUGGCGCUUUUCUGCUAUCCUAGCCUUUGCAAUUUGCAUGGAGUGUUGAUCUAAAGGCAAAUUCAAGUAUAUGUUAUUCGAGGUAAAUGCAUGGAUCGAAGGGAUGCUAUGGCGUUAUCGGGCUCCGCAUCUUACUAUAUUCAACAAAGAGGAAUAACUGGGUCCGGGUCCAGGUCCGGGUCCGGAACACAGACCGGAGUACAUGGAUCAACGGGCAUUCAUCCGUUAUCAAGUCCAAAUGUUCAGUACCAAUCGAGUAUUAAUGUCACUACUAUGGGAACAACCUUACCUGUAGAGCCUUUGUCGGGAAUGACCCCUCAUAGUGUCAAUGUAGGCAUGUCUCCUGCGGUGCCGCCUAGUGAGACAGUGAAACGUAAAAGAGGAAGACCUCGGAAGUAUGGACCUGAUGGAACUGUUUCGUUAGCACUGACUCCUACAUCAGCCACUCAUCCUGGAACAAUAACUCCAAUCCAAAAACGGGGAAGAGGGCGGCCGCCAGGCACCGGAAGGAAGCAACAGUUGUCUUCCCUUGGUGAAUUGCUGUCUGGUUCAGCUGGGAUGGGUUUUACUCCACAUGUCAUCACCAUUGCGAUAGGAGAAGAUAUUGCGACAAAACUGAUGUCAUUUUCACAGCAAGGGCCAAGAGAAGUAUGCAUCUUGUCAGCCAAUGGUGCCGUCUCGACCGUUACACUUCGACAACCUUCAUCGUUGGGUGGCACUGUUACAUAUGAGGGCCGAUUCGAGAUAUUAUGUUUGUCGGGCUCUUACCUGUUGACAAGCAAUAGCGGCUCUCACAAUCGAACUGGUGGUCUUAGUGUUUCUCUUGCCAGUCCUGAUGGCCGUGUCAUUGGUGGAGGUGUCGGAGGGAUGCUUAUAGCAGCAAGCCCAGUUCAGGUUAUUGUGGGGAGCUUUAUCUGGGGUGUCUCGAAGACAAAGGGCAAGAAAGGGGGAGGUCAAGAAGGUCUAAAAGACUUGGAUGAUCAGAUCGUCGACAAUGUAGUAACUCCUCCCGGCAUUUCACCAAAUCAAAAUCUGACUCCAAGUUCGGCUGCAGGCAUGUGGCCGGGGCCACGAUCGAUGGAUAUUCGCAACAAUAGCCAUGUCGACAUUGAUCUAAUGCGUGGAUGACGAUGACUCUUUUCCCUAAUAGUUUUGCGAGCAAUGUAGAUAGUUUGCUGUUGAUUAUGGGAUAUGUUCGGGGCAGCCUGAAUUUUGGCUUCGAUGAUUCUCACUUCCCAUGGCAAUGACAGAAUGGAAUUUGGUCUGAUAUUUGUAGGUUUGAUGACAGUUAGUUUGGAAAUUGUAGAACUCAUGAUUUCAACUGAUCCUUAGGCCUUUGCAUUUCAUUUUCUCUUGUUUGAACCAAAUAAAGAU